CUCCACUGAAAGGCGCCCCCCGAAAAAAAAAAAACAAUAGGGCCCUUUGACGGUCACUCCCCUAAGGAAAUGUUUUCACAGCCGGUAUCACCAACGCCGCCCGGCUUAGCGACGUCGACGGUUUCGCCCUCGCCUUCCAGAACCAGCCGUCUGCGCGGCCUGAGCAUCCUGCGCAACUACACCCACAACCACCUCCUGUCGCGUGACAACAGCCAUCACGCCGCCAACAACAGCAGCAGCGGCGGCAGCUCGCCCGCGACAAGCCAGUCUGGCAACGGCCUGACCCGGUCUGUGAGCUACUCGCCAGGCGCCACGACGACGACAACUACAACCACCACCACCACCACAAACGCCGGCCCCAACCGUUUAACUUUGGUGGCUACAUCUCCCGAAGCGGCCAGGGCAUCGCAGACAAGAGCCGCCAACUCCUCGUCGGCCCCCUCUUCCCCUACUGCCGCUCAGGGGGACUCUUCUUCUUCAUCCUCCGCUUCAUCUCCCGCAGAGACUCCCGCCGACGAGCACGCAGCAAUGGCGAGAGGCAACGAAACCGGUUCUGGCUCUGCUGACAUCCAGCCGUCCAUUCGCUUCUCCGCGUACUACGACCCUCGUUCCGCCAGACCCUCGCUGUCAUUCCCGCCCAUCUCCAGAACGCUCUCCAACGGCACCGAAGUCAUCCGCGUUGGGCGAUACUCGGAGCGUGAUAACCAUGCUCUAGCCAGUGUGGCCGGCAACCAAGCUUCUGCGGCGCCAGUAGGCUUCAAGAGCAAGGUCGUCAGUCGACGACACUGCGAGUUCUGGUACGAGAAUGGGAAAUGGUUCAUCAAGGACGUCAAGAGCUCGUCUGGCACCUUUCUUAACCACAUCAGACUCAGCCCGCCUUCGCAGGAGAGCAAGGCAUUUCCUGUCAAUGACGGAGACAUCGUCCAGCUAGGCAUUGACUUCAAGGGCGGCGAGGAGAUGAUUUUCCGCUGUGUCAAGAUGAGACUGGAGCUGAACCGCGGGUGGCAGACCAAGCCGAAUACGUUCAACAUGGCUGCCCACAAGCGACUACGCACCAUGGCAUCAAAUGGAGGAGCUUCAGCGUCAGGCUCCAGCUCUCAGGACUGCUCCAUUUGCCUCAAUUCGAUUGCGCCCUGCCAAUCUCUAUUCGUCGCUCCCUGCUCUCAUACGUGGCACUUCAAGUGCGUGCGUGCCUUACUCACAUCACCUCAAUAUCCCAUCUUCAUCUGCCCCAAUUGCCGCGCAGGUGCCGACCUGGAAGCCGAUGUCGAGGAACCCACAGAAGAGUGGCAGAACAUGGAUGACUUUGAGGAGCCCGAGCAGCCCGAGCAGCCGGUGCUCGCUACGAUUGUCCAUGCAACUGUUCCCGAUAUUGAAGAAGAAGCCGCAUCCCCUUUCGCCUCACCGAUAGACGAUCCAGUAGAGGCGACGGUGCAGGAAACAGAUGCCAUGGACGUGACCGUCAACAUCACUUCGGCCGCCAGUCCCACAAGCAGCCCGACGGCACUACAUGCCACCUCCGAGCCGUUGCCUAUUAGGGGUGCUGGACGGGCUAGUCAUUUGCGAGAUAGCGGAACUCCGUCGCCACCAAGCGGCGGGGCAGAGGGAAUCAUCACACCGAGAAACAAUGCUGGGCCAUGGGUCUUUGACGGCAGAGCAGGCCGACAACCGGCCAACGGCACGGCUGAGAUGACGAGCCUCGAUUCGGCGGCAGAGGCUGACACCACCACACAUGAGUCUAGCGACGAUGCUGCCAGCCGAUAGCAGAGGCCCCAGCUUCGAGUUUAAACUAAACCAAAAAAGAAAGAAAAAAAAAAGGGCAAGAAACAAUACAUAAUAAAAGUACCGUGUCGAGCAUCAGUCUACUCUUUUUUUUUUUCGCUGUAUAUGGGGCAAAGAGGCGCUUCAAACUUUGGGGGCUAAUAACUGGGUUUUCGACUUUGUGUCUCAUGUUAAUUCUCUGCUACUACUACUGGCAUUGGCAUUUGGGAGGGGGCAAGCUCAACGCCCAUAUUGCGUCAUAACCGGGAACUUGGACAUUGUGUGUAUUGGUCUGGCUCUCUUUGUUUCCGGUGGUCUUAAUUCUUCCAAUCUUUUCUUUUUCCUUCUUUUCCCUUUUACGUGCGUUCUUUAUAGUAUGGAGUGUGGCGCGAAUUCUCCAUAAACCAUGGCGGCAUAUAUGCUUUGCAGGUUGUUCUCUUUUUUCUUUUUUUUUCUUUUUUUUACUUUUUCUCUGGCGUAUGGCGUCAGGAAUCAAGCAUUUGAUGGCUUUGCUUCUUCACUUUUCGAUCCGCGAAAACAAAUAUCUUUCGGGAGUAUGAAGAACGAAGCGAAACGGGAAAGGGAAAGGGUAUAUAAGGAAAGGAAAGGGUGAGAAGGGAGGAAUGGAGAGGAAAGCGUCCUCUUGUUUUUAUUUUGUUAAAGCAUUGAGCAAACUUAGCGCGGGUUUAUGGCUAGAAGCUACAAUUGUGAUUUCCCUUUAUAUUCUCUUCUCUCAGAGAUGUCUUUAAAUACUUAUUUUGUGUUUCUCUGGGCGUUUUUGGGUGUUUCUGAAUGACUGCGGCUGGUCUAGAUCGCUGUGCCUUUUGUUGCCCUUCGCGGUAUUUACUGAUAGGGAGCACAUACCUUGACUUUGAUUCAUCGCGGCAUAUCACAGCUGGGAUUAUCCUUUACGCUGCUUGAAGGGGGCGUUGUAAGCUAAACAAGCUUAGGAUUAUACAAACGAUGGCAACAAGUGGCAUUUGAGCGGCUUCGUUCUUGCGGUGAAGGAAAAAAAAUGGAAUUCAUGGCAUUGUCUCGGCCUUUUUUUUUUGGUCACUGCUCUUGUGAUGAGAACCAAAACCGGAGCUGUGAGAUGAUGUCAGUCUGGAAGGCUAUUGGCGGCUGGAACUUUGAUUGGAGGGGGGCGUGUGAGAAAGAGGGCUUUGCAGGUACCUUGCACGUACCGGAACUUUUAGAAAGAAUUUCAAAUGCAAGGGAGCGUUCUUUUUUUUGUUAUUGGAUGGUUACUUGGCGGGCUUUUUUGAGCAGGUUUGUCGGAAAUGAAGGGUCUGGGGCGUUGAGGUUAAGAGUGGCGGUCGGUGUUGACUAGCAUUUGAUUCACUUGAUGAUGGGAUUGAAUAAGGCUUGACAAAUUGUAUAGCGUGAUUCAUGAGUAAUGUUGCAUUUUGCUUUAUGAAACCGAUAAGCAAAUGCAUUGGAAAUGCAAAUACUCUACAAUGCUCUGCUGAGAGCAUUCAAAUGCCCAGCAUUCAUUCGCCGCCGUCCGUCCCGGUCGGAGCUCCGGCGCCGCGAUGAUCCGACCUAUCGCCGAGAGAAAAAGUGACGGCACCACAAUUUUCCUGGUGUGCCCGCCGUCAACCACCAAUUCCGGCGAACUUGCAACUUUGCUUCGGCUUUACGUCGCCUUUUCUUUCUUCUUUCAGCGACACCCCUCACUCUCUAUCGUUUUCUUUCACAAUAGGCGCGUAGGGGAAUAUACACAAUGCUGCGACAAUUUGCGGCUCGGUUGCAGCCGCGGGCGGCAAAGGCCCAUGGAACUUCGAGGUUGCUGAGUGGGCAUAGCUUUGGUGGUCUCAAGACUAAGGUGCCGAGACGGUCUUUGGCGACGGUGGCUGUGGAGGGGAUACCAAAGGAACCUACAGAAUUGGACGAAAUCACAACGCUACCGAAUGGACUGCGGGUUGCUUCAGAAGCUCUGCCGGGCUCGUUUUCCGGAGUCGGAGUAUACGUUGAAGCUGGGUCCCGAUUCGAAAAUGACUCCCUGCGAGGCGUAUCCCACAUCAUGGAUCGAUUGGCCUUCAAAUCCACCUCGAAGCACUCUGCGGACGAAAUGCUCGGCCGCGUGGAAACCCUCGGCGGAAACAUCCAGUGCGCAUCUUCACGGGAGAGCAUGAUGUACCAGGCGGCCACGUUCAACAGCGCGGUGCCGGAGACUGUUGCGCUGCUGGCGGAGACGAUUCGCGACCCGAACAUCACGGAGGAGGAGGUGGCCGAGCAGAUUGAGACGGCGCGGUAUGAGAUUGCGGAGAUUUGGAGUAAGCCCGAGUUGAUUCUGCCGGAGCUGGUGCACACGGCUGCGUUUAAGGAUAAUACGCUGGGGAACCCGUUGCUGUGUCCGGAGGAGAGGCUGGAGAGCAUUGAUAGGGAUACGGUGAAGCUGUAUAGGGAUCUGUUUUACCGUCCGGAGAGAAUGGUGCUGGCGUUUGCGGGGGUGGAUCACGGCACUGCUGUGAAGUUGGCAGAAGAGCACUUUGGAGGUAUGAAUGCCUUGCCGAGGACAGGCUCAGAAACAAGCGUGAGCUCUCUUGCUAGCGACACAUCAGCAUCGUCUUCCUCAUCCUCAUCAUCAAACUCUUCGUCACGAUUAAUGUCCAAGAUUCCCCUCUUCAAGAACAUCUCCACGUCUACGCCCCGCAACGCCUCUGUUCUCUCCUCUCCUUCAGAAAUCGACAUCAACCAACCUUCUCGGUACACUGGCGGCUUCCUCUCUCUCCCUCCUCAGCCGCCUUCUCUUACCGGCACAAACUUUACACACAUUCAUCUUGCGUUUGAGGGACUGCCUGUUGCUUCAGACGACAUCUAUGCGCUGGCGACGCUGCAGACGCUGCUCGGUGGCGGAGGAUCCUUUUCUGCCGGCGGACCAGGCAAGGGCAUGUACUCUCGCCUGUACACCAACGUGCUCAACCAGCAUGGCUGGGUGGAAUCGUGCGUCGCCUUCAACCACUCCUACACCGACUCGGGCCUGUUUGGCAUUGCGGCAUCCUGUCUCCCGGGCCACACGUCGGCCAUGCUGGACGUUAUGUGCCAGGAGCUGCGCGCGCUGACGCUCGAACGAGGCAUCUCGAAGCUGCAGGAGGGCGAGGUGGCACGCGCCAAGAACCAGCUGCGGUCGUCGCUGCUGAUGAACCUAGAGAGCCGCAUGGUCGAGCUGGAGGACCUGGGCCGGUCGGUGCAGGUGCACCGGCGCAAGAUUCCCGUGAGGGAGAUGUGCCGGCGGAUCGAGAACUUGACGGUCAAGGACCUGCAGCGCGUGGCGGGCAUGGUGAUGGGCGGCGCGGUGAGAAAUGUUGGAGGGGGGAGCGGUGCGCCGACGGUGGUGGUGCAGGAGGCGCAGGCGUAUGGGGUGACGACGCAUGCGAUGACGUGGGAUCAGAUUCAGGAUCGGAUUGAUGGGUGGAAGUUGGGGAAGAGGGGCUGAACUCUGUCUGUUUGGAUGAUGGAUGAGAAGGGAUAUAAAGCAUGGAGAUGAAAGAUGUGGCAUAUAUGUUUUGGCAUGGGCGGGCGGUAUUGGGAUGGUAUAUACAUGUAUACAUACGUACGCAAACUUGGUGGGAUGGCGGCAUUGUAAGAGUAUUUGUAUAGGGUUAUGUUAUGGGAUAUCAUGCUCAGUUAUGACUUGUGCUAUAUUGGUGGGUACUUGGAUUGGUGAUGUGGAAGAUGGGAGGUUGCGAUAGAUCUUGUGUGAAGUUUGGUCUGAGCUAGCGCUAGGCAUAAGAUGUAAAUGACAAAAGACAGUCUCUGGCUCAUUCA